UACGAGCCAGCGACGGUAAAGGUCGAAGUGAAUCCAACAUGGCGGCGCUCAGUCGAAUCAUUGCUUUACAGUGGCUGCAGCAAGCACGUUGAGACAUCCGCUUUUUUGUUGCGUUUCGGUCGUCGUUUGCUUUGUUACAGACGUCGUCUGAGAGGCGAGUGAUCAUGGCUGGCGAACAGUCGCGCUGCGGCGUGUGCAGUAGCGGCGAACCGCGGUAUCGUUGUCCGCGCUGCCUCACGCGGUAUUGCUCCUGCGACUGCUACCGCAGUCACAAGCAAGAGGAGGGCCGUUGCCGCGAGCCGGACGUGCCUGCACCGGCAGAGAACGGCGAGCAAGAACCCGGGUACCGGUACCCGACUCCGCACACAGUACCACCGGAGGCGUUGCGCCGCUUGCGCGAUUCCGAGGCCGUUCUGGAGACCCUUCGCAACGUGCAUGUGCGCAAUCUGCUUCGAGACCUGGACCGUAGCAAGGACCCCGAACGCAUGCUCGACUCUUUGAUGCGGGAGCCGAUCUUCCUGGAAUUCGCGAACGCUUGCCUGGACGCCGUUGGCGUCGAGGAAGAGUAAGCGUUUCGGAGCCCUACAUUUCACCGACGUGUCCUGACCCCCCGCCAUUUGUUCAGUGUGUGUGUUUGGCCCCCUUGUUCCCGUCCCUAGAGGUUACUCUACCUGACAACGCGUGUGGUGGCUACCAUGAUACGUCACACUACCUGCCGCUUUACUAUUCAGACGUGUAGGGGGGGAUUGAAAGAAACGCGAACAGCGCGGCGCGCUGUUUUCAUCGCGCUCUGACCUUGGUUGCGAUAAAAGUUGCUAGAGUGGUUCUUGAUUGUAUCGUCGAUGGCUCUGGUGGCUUUUUAUUACCAUCCAGGCUACAAGCGCUUGAAAAGAAAUGUGAAACAGCAGAGAACGUAGAUGCUGCAUUGUUCACGUUUCUUUCCGUCGCCAUAGUACGUUAAACGCCUUCAUAACACAUUCAUUUCUCGUGCGCAUGUGUUGUUUUGUUAAACCAGAAUCGUUCAAGUCAUUUUCCAGGUGCCGUCGCCUUCCCGACGAUAUCGCUUCAUUAUGUGACUGGCAUGCUUUUAGCGACAGCUCUGCGCACUGUAUGGCUUGCUGUUCACUGUUACUCGAUUUGCAUUUAUAUUGUCUUUUACCAGUAUCUUGACACUAUUUUAUUUUUCAUUAUAAUUGUCUUUGUUGUUCGCAUGCGGUGUAUAUAUGCAUACUUGUGCCAUGUGCAUUGCCAAUUUUCCUUUCCCUCAUUGUAUUUACUGCAGUCGUAACCCCACCAUCCUUUUGUGUCCUUUAAUGGACCUGUAAAGUAUAGUAAAUAUACUAGUCGACACUAAGGCUUGUUAACGACUUUCGCCUAGGGUGAAUGAAGCGCGAUGGCUACGUUAGCCACAAAUGGAUGAGUGGUGUGUCAGUGAAAGUUGAUCGCCGAUUUCUGUGCAAGCAAAGAAAAAUAAACAAAACAU